AAAUAUUAUAAAUAUGUAAUACUUAGACAAUUAUCUCUAAUUCAAAGGUGGUUACGAUUACACGAAUGUAAAAAGGUAAUAGAUGAUCUUAUUGGUUAAGAAAUGAAUUAAUGAAAGCAUAAGGAUUUAAAGAAAUGCCUUUUACAAAAACAGGAACAACAAUCGUAGGUGUUUUAUUUGAUGGUGGAGUUGUGAUGGCUGCAGAUACAAGAGCAACAGCAGGAGCAACAGUGGCUGAUAAGAAUUGUGAGAAAUUACAUGUUCUAGCCCCAAACAUUUGGGCUGCUGGGGCUGGUACAGCUGCUGAUUUACAUCAUUAAUGUGCGCAUUUUAAUGCCAAACUCAAACUCUAAAGACUUAAUUUAAAUAGAUAAAGUAGAGUGAAUGAAGUCAUUACUAAACUUACUUCUAAACUUUUUCCAUAUAGAGGACAUAUUGGAGUUGCUCUAAUUAUUGGAGGAAUAGAUUCGAAUGGACCUUAAUUAGCUUCAGUUUCUCCUUAUGGAAAGUAAAUAAUAAAUAUACAAUUAGUUAUGUUUAUCAUCCUUUUUAAUCAAUGGGAAGUGGAUCUCUUGCUGCUUUGGGCAUAUUGGAAGCUAAGUUUUAGGAUGGACUUACUAAACAAUAAGCUAUUGAUCUUGCUAUUGAAGCUAUCGAAGCUGGUAUUUUCCAUGAUAUGGGGUAAUUCAUGCAUCUAAUAGUUUUAUAGAUCUGGAAGUAAUGUUGAUGUUGUUGCCAUUACUAAAGAUGGUGCUGAUUACAAAAGAAAUAUUAGAUCAUAUAAUGCUAAAUCAUACUAAAAAUAAAUUCCUUAUCAUUUUCCUGUCAAUAAUACACGUAUUAUAUAAUAUAUUUUUAUAGCGGCUUUGAAAAAAUAUUAGUUUGAUAUUGAAAAAUAAGAAUUAACUGAAGUUGGCUAAGAAAUGGAAAUUAUAGAAUGAUAUAAAAAUAUUAUGUUUAAUUAUGU